AUGGGAGGUUUGUGCAAUUUUCUUAACAAAAUUAAAAAGGAAAUUGCCCGCCUAAAAAGGAAUAGUUUGUUUCAUACUUCCAAAAAAGAUUUUGUCAAAAGGGCACCUUUUCCAAAAAUUUUCUGUAUUCUAUUUCCCGACCAUGACGUGGACCUCAAUAUGGAAAUGAAACUUCAGAAAAUUGUCACAGCCUCAUACAUUUACGACAAAAUAUAUGUUAACCACCGGGUGCUACACAAAGUUCUCAUAUUAGGGGAUCAGUUCUCUUAUGCUGUUGAUACGGUGGGCGUGGUGGUUGGUGGCCGCCACACUGCGGAGAAAGUGAGAAGUGGCGAGAGGAGACUGAAGUGGAUAUAG